AUGGCAGACAACAAACAGGAGCUCAUCGCUCAGUUUACCAACGUAACUGGUAUUGACGAAGACAGGGCAAAGUUUUUCUUGGAAUCUGCAGCAUGGGAUCUUCAGUUGGCUAUGGCUAGUUUUUAUGAAGAGGGAGAUGCAGAAGGGGAGACAACUGGACAUAUACAGCAGGAGACUGCUCCACCAGCUAGGGAAACUUCUUCAUCAAAAUUCACAACUUUUUCCAACAUAAGUGUCACUGGAGGUGACGAUUCAGAUGAAGGCCAAGCCUUUUAUGCUGGCGGAUCAGAAACCAGUGGUCAACAGAUAAUUGGGCCUCCAAAACGGAAAUCAGAAGAUGUUGUUGAACACUUGAUGAAGUCAGCCAAGGAACAUGGUGCUGAAGUGGCGGAAUCCUCAUCAGGGAGCAGCCAAAAGAUGAAGAAUAGGCCAGCAUUUCGAGGCACUGGUUAUAAACUAGGAGAGACAGAUGGGGCGUCAGAAGCCAUACAGGGAGAAGCAUUAGAUGCUGGCCCUAGACAGGUAGAUGUUGUAUUAAAACUUUGGAAAAAUGGAUUUAGUGUAGACAAUGAGCCACUGAGAGAUUUCAAUAACCCAGCAAAUAAAGAAUUCUUGGAGAGCAUAUCUAAGGGAGAGGUUCCACGAGAGUUAAUCCGCAUGGCACGAGGAGGGGAGGUGAAUUUAAAUAUGGAGGACCACAGGGAAGAGGAGUAUGUCAAACCUAAACAGUCUCUGAAGGCUUUCUCUGGGGAAGGACACAUGCUCGGAAGCCCUGCGCCAAAGGUAAUGACAAAUGCUUCAACUGCUUCAGGAACAGCCUCAGCUCCUCCUGUAGAGGUGGAUUCAUCUAAACCGCUCACAAACAUACAGAUCAGACUAGCAGAUGGAUCAAGGUUAGUGGCCAAGUUCAAUCAUUCACAUGUUGUUGGAGACAUCAGAAGUUAUAUUUUGGGACAGCGACCCCAAUAUGCAGGCUCAUCAUUUGUUCUCAUGACCACAUUUCCCAAUAAAGAGUUGACAGACGAGAAGCAGACACUGGAAGAGGCCAAGCUGCUGAAUGCAGUCAUUGUGCAGAGGCUGAAAUGAUGAGGGAUACAUUCGUGACAGACCACAGAGGUUGUGCUCCUCUCAUAGACACUGCUUUGCGAUCAGUGUUCGUGUACCAGUAUGGUUCAUCUGGCAGUUUAUUUCCUCUGCAAAGCUGUGUACCAGCAAGCUGACUUCUCUUCAUGGCCAUAUAUAUCAUUUGCCAACAUUUUCACCGAAUUUAGAGGAAUUCCCUUGUUCUCAGUCGGGGGGUAGGGGGAAGAUGUACGUGAAGUUCAGCCAUGAUCAGCCUUGAGUGUACUCUGCCAUGUGUUUUCUCAUGGCAAAUUGAUACCUGAAAUUCAUAGAAAUAUCCACUGGAGGUUAAUUUAUUUAUUGAGAUAACUCUGGCCAGGGUGGACAUUUCUGAUGCAGAUAAAGUGCUGUAAAGUGAAAAGACUGUACAUAUUUGCAGCUUUAGUUAGUUGUUUCUUGUAAUAAAAUCUGUUCAUAAUUAUCAGUCUCCACUUGAUUGUUGUUAACAUUAUAGCUAUUGCAUAAACUCAACAAUAAAGAUUUUGUACAGUUUGUGAUGAUUUAAUGUUUCUCAUAGACUAGAUAUCCCACAGAAAUGUACUUAUUAAAGAGCAGGGCGGAAGCAAAAAGGAUUAUCGAGAUGUAUAAACAACUAAGUGCUUACAAAAAUGUUAGUGCACAUAGUCUGACUCCAACAGAACUGAAAUGGACUAAUGUAUGAGCAUACAUAGAACACUUCAGGGGUAUGGACAAACUAGUAUAAAACUGUAAGUGUUAUGUACAUGCAGUACACAAGUGUUGACAAACUUACAGUGACUAAAGUUAACCAGAUUUCAACAUCUCUGUCCAUCAUGGCGGAUAUUUUAUAUAUUCAAACUUCAUUUUGUGCGUCUUGAAGAUAGUUUAAAUAACAAGCACAAUCAAACUAUGGUGACCAAGAACAAAUUAUUCCCCAACUUUCAUUUCUGCUUACACAUGUAGAGGCAAAUGGCAAAAUUGGGGGGGCGGGAAACAAACCCCACAUGUAUCUAUCUACCUUUCGUAGAAAAACAGACCGGUAAUGUUUACUACACCUCCUGACAUUGGCUAUCUUAGAAAUGAUAUAAGUAUCAGUCACACUGUCAGUACAAGUAGCUGAGGCCAGCAGUUGAAGUGUUUUUGGAGUUUCGUAUGUAGCAUUUCUAUGCACAAGUUAAAAUCUGAGAGACUAUAAACAAUUACACAGUAUUAAAACACACUGUAAUGAACCAUCUUCUACAUACUCUGGAUAUAAAUGUUGUAAUAAUGUGUACAUUACAGGUCUAUUACAGAACAUGAGAGCAACACACACUACAUUUAUGUACACAAUACGAGUUCACAGGGUGGUUGAAACUGUUGAUAUGGGAUGUAUAUUUACACUUAUGCUUUCUUGGACAUGGGACAAUACAAACAUGGAUGAAAGCCCAUUGGUUUGUAACAGUAACUUUUAUCAUAGCUUCCUAACUUGGACAUGCGAAGGAAUUGACAGUUCACUGAUGGCAAGCAUUAUACGAUAAUACCUGUCCACAGAACAUGUUAUAUGUAUUCGUAAGUAGUCACACAUAUAUUAUAAGCACAGUAACUUCUAACAGCAGAUUAGUCGUUGUACACAUGUAUUAAGUAUAGGCUGUUACUCAUAUUACACAAGUACAGGUAAAUGUAAAUAUGUAAAUGCUGCUUCAUGGAAGCAAAAAGGCAUUUUUAGUCUUUUCAUAUCGUUUCUAUUUACAAGUAUGCACUUUUGGGGACUUGCAUUUGCUAUGCAUGUAGCCUUGAAAUUGGCUAUGCUGAUAAAUUUUAUUUAAAAACAAAGAUAAAUUAGAAACACCAGUAAAAUGCAUCCAAACGGACUUUUUUUUUUUUUUUUUUUACACAUACACCUGUGACUGGGUAUAGUCAUGGUAUUUGUGUGAUAUACCACUGUAACCUGUUAAACAGCGCAGCAAGACUCAAUCGAAAAUUUUAACAUCCACAACCACAAAGUGUGCUACUUAAACAAGAAACUACAGUACAAAGAAUAAUAUAAUCAAAAUCUCAUUGAUAAUAUAUCUAUGGCCAGUAAAGAUGAAGAAUCUCUUUUUUUUUUUUUUCUCUUUUUGGCAAGAUGGAAAUUGAACAUCAUGAUAUGUGGAUCUCAAUUCUUGGUGACGAGGUUUACUGGUUGGUUGAUUUAAGAAUUUAAGAACAAAGGCCGAGUCCUCAAAGCCAUUUCUGAAGAGUCAAAAUUUUAAAUGAGAUCUUAAUAUUUUUCCGCUUUAGUAAUUAAAAUUUUAUUCACCUCAUCAAAAUCAUCCCAAGACAAAUGCGUCAACAUUUCAACUUUCAGUACCAAAAAUUAAGCUUUGUGAAGCGGUUUCAAAUUUUGACUCUUGUCAGAAACGGCUUUGUGGAAUCGGCCCCUAAUGCACAGCAGGCAGCAGGGAGCUGUGUUACCGUGUUAACUUUCUGUCACUAACAUCUCUUUAUCCGAUUAUUUACAAUUGAAUCAUGUAAGAAAUAGAUUGGGUAAAUGGAUAGGCAUAAAGUUUAUGCAAUCAGUCAUUCCAAUAAUUCAGUCCAAUUUUAUGUGUUUGAAUUUGAAAUGUGACUGGCAUAAGAUUGGAUUAAAAUAUAGAAUAUAAACAAAAAUUAACACUUAGUCUAUAAGAAAUAAAUUAAAAUACAAAAUCACAAUUUUAUGAGUAUAAAAACAAUAAACAGUGGAGAAUUUUACAAAUUAAAAUCGACACUCUCUACACGAGUCCUGAAAAGUUUCAACUGCACUGCCAGAAAUCAGUCCAUGAUUUAUACCCAAUUUCUUGUCAUUCUGAUAGUAUGACAGCCACACAUAGAUUCACCUGCAUUUAACCUAUCGGGAAGUGCAAUGAAAUAUCUUUGAUAGACAACAUGGCACAACCUGUUGAACACAGCUAAACAGACUGUAAUGCAGCUCUCAGACUACCAUCAGCUGCUAACCACACCAUAAAGGGAAUGGGUAAGAACACACAAAAUCAGUUUGUUAACACCAAAGAGUGUAUUAGAUUGAUUCCGUUAAAAAUU